AGCUGCACUUACAUACAUGAGGUGUUAGUGGCAGUCAGCGGGUUGUAUUACAGGAAACAGCUGGCAAAGCAAGCCUGCUUUUCAAUAUUUAAACUGUCACAUUUUGAGCUUCUCUCCAGUGAUAUUCCAUAGAUCUGAAGCCAUUGCUCCACAGGCAGACACAUUAUGUGCAGAGAUUGUAAGCCUGUCCCCUCUGACCAAGCGAUUGACGUGACAGACUUCCAAAGGGAUCAGUGAAACAUCAGAAUCGAUGGGAUGUUCGCUGGUCAUCAUUAUGAGCAGUCAGUCAGUUUCAGCACCCUGCACAGGGUCGCGCGUUAUUGCACCACAAAUGGUGAGAUCGAGAUAUUACAGCUCCUUAGAAACUUGCAUCUUGUGAUCAAAGUCUUACCAACACUCUGGGAGCAAAUCCAGCAGCAAGAGCUCCCGCUUUCAGCGCCGUGGACUCAAUUUUUCACCACAACUGCCUUCAGCAGUGCUGAGAAGUAAGGUAUUGGACACUCACCAGCGCCCGACACCGCGGACAUUGUGCACGGAGCUUCGCGUUCAGCACCGCGGACAGCAGUAUCGUGCACCGUGGUUCGCAUUCAGAACCACGGACAGCGACGCUGUGCGUGGAGCUUCGACUGUAACAUAGCGCCGGAUGCAGUAUUUUCCAGGACCUUGUACAGCAACAUCGUUCGAAGAGUUGUGGCUUUCGGCUCCGUGGACAGUAAAACGACAGGACAGCUUCUGAUUGCAUAUCCUUGAACAGCAGUACUCCAACCGGCCUUGCUGUGGUGAGCGCCUCGCAUAGUAAUUCGUCUUGUGAAUAUUUGGACUUAAUCGUCGUCCAGCAGUGGACUGAUUAAAGUUGGGACUGCGAAUGAGUUGAAGUGGGAAUUCUCUCGCCACCACCAUGCACAAUAACGGCGACGGUUCGCUCUCUCCUCGGGAAAGCUGUACGAAUGGUUGCGGCCAGCGGAACCCGGCUACAGUCCAGCAAAGGACGGACAGUGGCGCAGAGUACAACACGGAAGAGGACUCCAAGAAAAUGGAACAGACUUUGGUGGUCAAAAAGGCCAACCGAGAAAUCCUCGACCACGAGCGAAAAAGAAGAGUCGAGCUCAAAUGCAUGGAGCUCCACGAGAUGAUGGAGGAACAAGGGUAUACUCAGGAAGAAAUUCGCCAGAAAGUGGGGACCUUUCGGCAAAUGUUAAUGGAAAAGGAAGGUGUGUUGACCAAGGAAAAUCCACACGGACGUCAUGUUCUGAAGAGGAAAUCGAGCAGUUCUCCCUCACCACCACCCAAGAAGAAAAAGAAGAAGAAAUCGGGUCACUACAAAAGUCGCAAAAAGAAGAAACCUGGAUCAGACAGAAGCUGUGAAAGUUCCUCAUCGUCGCGGAAAGAGAGAAAGAAGAAGAGUGGGAAGAAACACAAGAGAGACAGGUCUGAUUCAGGCUCCAGAAAAAAGAGGAGGCAUAGGUCUACAACUCCUAAAAGCAAACGCAAAGACAGAAACAAACAAAGAAAACGAUCACCCAGCGAAUCACCACCACGGAAGUCACAUAAAGGACGGAGUUGCUGCAGCUCUCGUAGCAUGUCUGCAUCUUCAGUGCACAGUUCCUCCAAAUCUCUGAGCAGCUGCCGCAGCCGGUCAUCUGAGCGCAGAACAUCACACAGCAAGAACAAGCAGAGUGCCGUGCCCAAGCAGAGCCCCAGGAAUGAUACUAAUGGUCGGAAACCAUGUUGUGCUCGAUCCAGUCCCAAUCAAUCCCCACUGCGAGCUCGGCACAGCAGAUCAGUGACUCCCAGGCAGAAUGGGCACAAGGGAGUUUCGUGGAAUGGCAGGCAUAGUCCAAGGCACAGGCAUCGUCCAGACAGAUCACAGGAUAGCACGGACUCCAGGUCAUUGUCACCAGGAGCAGAACCCAGAUCUGUGUCAACAUCUCCCAAGGCCAAGGACACCAAGCACUCGAAGCAUGGGUCCAGGAGUUUCAGGUCCAGGUCCCCAGGCCACAGCAGGAGAUCUUCCACUGAGGGCAGGCAUGCAAAGCACAGGUCAAGGUCAGCAUCCACACAUAGGGGCUCAAGCCGACGGAAGCCGACUCUACCAGCUCACAAAGGGUCUCUACGCUCUCCAAGCCAAUCAGACUUCAGCAGUGACUCUGCAGAAUCUGUCGGCAGUCACUCACGAUCGCACAACGUGUCAGCGUGGAGUAAAAGCACGCGCGCAAAGAAGUUAAGGCAGACGUCACACCGCCACCAUCGAAGCCAUCCCACUAGCAGGAAUAAGAGUCGCACUCGGUCACCAGGGAAACGUGAACAGCCUAGCAGCCACAACUCGGACAAGAAGAAAAGCUCUUCCUACAGCCCUCGGCGCAAGAGCAGUUCCAGGAGCUCUAGCAGGUCUCUGUCAUGUUCCUGCUCCCGAUCCUAUGACAAGAGAGAUGGGAGCAGCAAGUCACAGUCGUCACCUCACAAGGAGCAGUCCAGAGAAAGAGAUGGCGACGUCGGGGCAAGACAUCAUGACUCCGAGGCUGAGAGACACCGUCGCCGCUCAAGAAGCUAUUCACCAAUUAGGAAAAGGAGACGAGACUCCCCCAGUUUUAUGGAGCCUCGGCGAAUUACAAGUGCACGUAAGCGGCCCAUCCCCUACUACAGGCCCAGCCCGUCAUCACCCAGCUCCCUGAGCAGUUACACCUCGUACAGCCGGAGCCGCAGCUAUGAUAGUUACAGCUCAUACAGCCGGAGCCGGACUCGCAGCCGGAGCCGGAGCCGGACUCGCAGCCGGACCGCCAGCUACGACAGUCGGAGCAGCUCGGAAAGUACAGGCUUUUAGAAAGGAUUAAAACACAAGCUUCAAGAGACGCAACCAAAAGCAGACAGUCACAACUAUCAACAGGAGCUGCCUGCAAGAUAGUAGGCAUGAAACUGCGAGUAUCAGCAGUCCCAGUAGACCACUGCAACCAGAUUUGUAUUAUAACAAGUAUAUAUUUAUAUCAAGACAUUCAUAAAUCCUUAGAUCCAGGCUUAUGUGUCAUUCAGCACUGACAUUGGUACAGACAGAUAUUGCAGUCUCUGCACUGCCUCCAUCCUGUGUUUCUCCACUGAACAUAGUUCUGGAGUUUAAAACUAUUUGCCUGGUGCUGAGGUUUAAAUGGAACACUUUUUUUAAAAAAAACAUGAAUUAUGAACUUCUGCAAAAGAAUUCUUCCAUGAAGUCAACUGAACCAAAAGUUAGCAGUUUCUUCCAAACAGAAGACAUGCAGCUAUUUAAAUACACACACCCCGACUCCCCUUCCCCUCCUCUGGCUGACUGAAAUUUGCAGUGAUCAAAUUUUCCGGGGGUUCUGUGCAGAUACUUGUCGAAGAGCCUCUGGACAAAGAACAAAAAAGCAUCAGACGAACAAGUGGACAGGGAGGCACAGAAACCUGCUUUCCUCAGUUUCAUUUAGCAAGGGCCAGCUAUGAACUGCUCUCCUUCCUCUGAUCCCUCCUCUAUACUGACCUUGUAAUGUUGUAAGAAGAACAAUUUUAAGUCAAGACUAUGGUUACAAACACAGAAAACUAUGCACUGUAAAUAUAAUACCAGUAGCACAUGGUGGGGGCGUGGGGCCAGUGUGGCUACAAGAGUUCAAUGGGGAAUUGUAUGACACAUGCUGUACCAAUACAACAAAUUAUGUAGAGUUGAACUCAUGCCUCUAGUCGCUUUCUGCUAGAUUCUAUUUGAGGCCUACUUCAGACAGCAAUGUUGGAAAUGUCUCAAAGAUUCGAGCUGUCUAAGUGUUGUGCACCUAAAUCGAUCAUCCUUCAUUUAAUGGCUUUCCCUUGCACACACCUUUCGGCUUUUUCAAAGGCUUUGCUUUCCCCGUAGUCUUAUUACAGCCAUGGUGCAUAAUUUUCUUACACAGAUCUGGUUAGAUUUAUACCAAAUGGUUAACCUAAGUCAGUCUUUUCCAGAGACAAUUGAAUACCCUGCAAGCCUGCCACUGUGCCCACACCCAAACUGCUUUCAACAUUCUGCCUCUCUGCAAGAUGUAGUGGACCAGAUGGCUUCCUGAUUCUAAAUUCGUGUCUAGCUCCACUGAAAUGACUCCCUCAGACAGUUGGGAGAAAGUAAGACAGAAUUAGAGCUAGACAGCCAAUUCUAUACUUUAGUUAUUUUAAAUUGGAGAAAGGGCACAAGUUUACAGAACAACCUUAAGCAUGUGGAAGAGUUCAAAUUCAGUUAUUCAAAACGUUGGCUUUAAUGUGAAAGACUCUUCUACAGUUUGGGAGGUGGCAGCUUGGAACGAAAGUGAUAUUGACUCUCCUUCCACAGAGCUACCCAUUUUAGGGGUUAGCCCAGUGCCCUUGCCUUCACCUGAGCUGUGAGGGAUUAAUUGGUGAGUGACAACUAGACAUUUACUUAUAUUCUGAGGGGAGGGAGAUCUACUUGCAAUGUCCUGUAGAUGUGGCUUUUCAGGCAACCUUUUACCAGUUGCUUCUGUUGCACUUAAGGUUAAUGAUUUGCAAACUCUGCCAUUUGUUACUUAUUUCUCAUUUAAAGAACUGAAGAAGUGAAUUGAAGAGAACGGUACAACCCAAGGGAUAAAAUGACACAGUGAAAGAUGGAUCGAGGAUUCAUUUGUCACAAGAAAUUCCAUAUGGUGUUUCAUUGCAGUCCUGAUAUUGAACAAGCUCCAGCAGUAGAAAACUCCCAGUGAGACACUGACAUUUAUGAGCGAUACAGAUCUGUCUUUUAUUGGGCUUUUUAACAUUUAAUCAUUCACAAAUUCAUUUUAGCAGAUUACUUUAUCUGGCCACAUUCUGUUGAUGGUUGCUAUUUUAUCCUCUUUGGAACAGGGACCUAGGUAUGAAGACAUGUGCUUAGAAUUGGUUCAUUAAUUUAUUUUCACUGUCAAAUGAAAUCCACCAUGCUUUCUUAUAAAAAUAAACAUCUAAGAAAUCAAAUGUCAUAAUUACUGCAGUUUGUAAACAGAUGUUUACACAUCUGACAAACAACACAAUCAGCUACUUAAACAGUGACAAUUUUAACCAAAUGAGGCAAUGGACAGAUUUGCAAAGAGCAUCAAAUCCAUAUUUAAAACUGAGUUCAUAUAUUCUUGAUGCAUUUUUUCACAUGCAAUUUUAUCCUGGAUUGCAACCUCAUAGAGUUAUACAGCAUGGAAACAGACCCCACGGUUCAAUUAAUCCAUGCCGACCAUAUUCCCAAACUAAACUAGUCCCAUCAAUUUGCAAUUGAUAUCCGUCCAAACCUUGCAUAUUCAUGAACUUAUCCAAAUGUCUUUUAAACAUUGUAACUGUACCUCCAUUCACCACUUACUCUGACCGUUCAUUCCACAGACUAGCCGCUCUGUAUAAAAAGGUUGCCCCUCUUGUCCUUUUUAAAUCCUUCUCCUUUUGCCUUAAAGAUAUGCCCCCAGUAUUGAACUCACCCACCUUAGGGAAAUAACCUUUGCUAUUCACCUUAUCUAUGCCCCUUAUGACUUUAUAAUCUCUGUACAGUCAUCCCUCCGUCUCCUACACUCGAGUGAAAGAAGUCCCAGCCUAUGCUGCCUCUCCUUAUAACUCAAGCCCUUCACUCCUGAUAAUAUCCUUGUAAAUCUUUUCUGAAUCCUCCCCAGUUUAAUAAUAUGCUUCCAAUAUAAGGCAAUCAGAGCUACUCACAGUACUCCAGAAGAGGCCUCACCAACGAUCUGUACGACCUAAACAUGAUGUACCAACUCUCAUACUCAGUGGUCUGAGCAAUGAAGGCAAAAUGUGCUAUAAGCCUUCUUAAACACCCUGUCUACCUGUGAGGCAAAUUUCAAGAAAUUAUGUACCUGAAUUCUUUGGCCUGUCUGUUCCGCAACACUAACCAAGGCACUACCAUAAAUUGCGUAAGUCCCACCCUUGUUUGUUUUACCAAAAUGCAAUGCCUUCCAUUUAUCAAAAUUAAACUUCAUCUGUCACUCCUCAGCCCUUUGACCCAAUUGAUCAAGAUCUCUGUAAUCUUAAAUAACUUUCUUCACUGCCCACUAUAUCACCAAUUUUGGUGCCAUCCACAAACUUAUAACCGUGCCUCCUAUAUUCCAGUCCAAAUAAUUUACAUAAUUGACAAACAGAAGUGGACCCAGCACCGAUCCCUGUGGAACACCACUGAUCACGGGCCUCUAGUCCGAAAAACAACCCUCCACCACCACUCUCUGUUUCUUACCAUCAAGCCAAUUUUGAAUCCAAUUGGCAAGCUCACCAUAAAUCCCAUAUGAUCUAACUUAACUAAUCAGUCUACCAUGCGGAAUCUUAUCAAAGGCUUUACUUGAGUGCAAAUAAGCAACCUCUGAAAACAAGUGGAUGACUCGCCUAUUUCCCUGAAGGUCCUUCCUAAAGCCUUCCUAGUUCUCCCCUUUGCCUUUAACAACAUUGUCAAAAACCUAUCUAUUUCAUCAAAGGCAUUUGGUUUUCUUCAUCUAUUCUUCCCUCGAAAAAACAUCUUCCAGCAUUGUCUCAGUUUAUAUUUUGAACAUUCGUUCAGGGAAACCUGGGCUUUGCUGGCUCAGUCAGCAUUUAUCGCCCGUCCUUCAUUUCCCAUGAGAAGAUGUUGGUGAGUCAUUAUAGUCCUUGGGAUAAAGGAACACCCACAGAGCCUUUUAGGGAGAGAGUUUCAGGGUUUUGACCUAGCAACCCUGAAGGAGUAGUAAUAUAUUUCCAAGUCAUGAUAGUCAACUUGCAAAUGAUGUAUCUGUUUAAUUUAUCAAUUUCAGUUAAUUUUUUUUGUUAUGACCUUUAUGUGAGCAAUGAGGCCAAAAGGAGUCUGUGUACAGAGAGACGGGAAGCUGCUGAACAUUUAGAGAGUUGGAGUUAAUAGUCCCCAGUUAUUGUGGACAAGGUGUGCUGUGCCUUCCAUUCCUCCUGCUCCUCGUAUACCUCUUACCAUGAAAUUUGUAAGAUUCUGAGGGGCCUUGGCAGCGUGGAUCUGAGAGAAUGUUUUCUGUCAUCAAGGAACUUCUUAAAAUUAGGAGCAAUCUUUCAAAAUUCAGUGUCUCCUUUAAGACGGAGAUAAGGUGAAAUUUCUUCUCUUAAUGGGCCAUUAAUCUUUAACUUCUCUUCCCUAGCAAGAGAUGGGGGAGUCAUUAAAUAUAUUCAGGGCUAAGUUUGACCAAUUUUUGAUUGAUAAGGGAGUUGAGGGUUUAUGGGAACCAUGUGGAAAUGGAUUUAAGGUUAUCCACGGUCUUACUGAAGUGUAAAUGAGGUCUGAGGGACCAAAUGGCUGACUCCUUCUCCUCAUUCGUACAGCAAUUUAUUCAGAUGCAACCUUUUAAGACCAUCUCUAACCACUCCAGUGUCAUCAAGUUUAAUGCUGUAUGCACAAUGUGCUGAUAAUCCUAGGUAACCCCCCCCCCAACCAAUUGUUAAACUCAUGACAGAUUCAAGGUGACCCGUGGUUCUGGUAUGAUCACCAAAUUCCAUGAGUCCCUUUUUCCCAAGAUUGUUUAUGAUCCUGCAUCAAGGCAGCCUAAAGAUGGAGUUACAGCAGAAAACAAAUUUUCAAAUAUCUCUGGGAAUUCUGUUGAGUCUUCUUUAUGGAUGAGUAGCUGUCAUGAGCUAGGUGGAUGGGCUGUGAGGACAUGCCCCAGGGCUCAAUCUCAUUAUUGACGCAAGCACAUUUUAGACAGUCAGAGCCUGGUGACUCAACCCCUUUUCUUAACAGAAAAGAUGAGUCCCCAAAAUUUACAGCUGCACCAUAACUUUUGUGAUACAAUGUUUCUGUACCUGCUCAACUGCAAGCCUUUACAUUUGCAGUAAAACAUGAACAUCUGUAGCAAAUCUGUACUGCAGCGUCUGAAUGAAUCUGCCUCCAUCAGACCGCAUAGAUUUCUCAAAAAUGCACAGAUUCAUAAAGUGUUGACCCUUGGAUUUUGGAAGUGUUAAUCCCUUUAUUUGUUCUUUCUAACCAUUUCUUCAGCUUUAUUUUUAAUUAUUCACUUUUGAAUUAGAAGUGUAAUUUGAAAGAACUGCAUUUAUUUCCCAACCCUGGUGUGGAUUUGCAGAAUGUUGACCCAGCCACAAUGAAAUAUCACUGAUAUAUAUUGUCCAGUUUGAGAUUGUGUAUGCCUCGGAGAAGAUGGUACUGCCUUUUGGUUGUUUGCAUAUAACCAGUGGAGAAUGCCUACCCUGGACAUCGAGACAGAAAACAGCUCACGUGUACUGUCUAGCUACCAAACUUAUUUUAAUAUCUGAGAAAGAAUACACAACAAGAACAAAAAGUGCUGGCCACAUUCAGGGGAACAAAAGUUCUCGUUGUGUUAGCAGGACAAAACAUAAUUUAAAAAGUUAAUAUCUUACAAAGUAUAUCAUGUAUCCUGACAUUAUUGUGCUAACACCACAGUGCUGAAAUGUAAUGGAACAUUACUGCCUCCCUAUUAAACAGGUCAACAGCAGCUCAAAACAAUUCAAUGGGAGGAAGUUUGGAGGAGAUAGGGGUUUUAUUGCAAUGUAAUUUUUUUCACUGCAUGUUAUAGCUUAAUAUUCAAAAGGUCUGUCAAUGCAGGAUUUACUUAUUCCCCUGACAGCACGCAUUUUAAAAUAGGUGUUGAAGGAUACCUUUACAAAAGGAAUCUGGCAAAUCUGUCAGUGUAUUGCACUUAUCUCAAACACAAAUCUCCUGUUCACUGCUGUCAGAGUGAGAAACAUUGCUGUUUGACUUGAGAUUCUCCUUUAUUUUCUAUUUAUUUGUUUACAGUUAACCUUUGUCCAUAUGCACAUCGAUAGCUACCAUGCAUUUGCCACCAAACCUAUAUAAAAAAAAGUUUUUUUAAAAGAAAGCAUUUAUAUAGUUCCUUCAGCCCUGUACAGAUUGGGUUUACUCUGUGUUAUGUUGACUUGUACUGUUGCAAUGUAUGAUUUUCGAGAUGCUGCAUUCCUUCUACUGUACAGUAUUAAAUGUGGUUCUCUUAACUUGGUGAUCAUGAACAACUCUGUGUCGCAGAAGAACUGAGAGCUUCAACAAGUUCUGCCCCUUUCCCCCAUGCCUCAUUAACAUCCUCAUUAUAAUUAGUGACGCUGACUCCCAGACUUUGUCUUUGUAACAUCCGAAACUGAACCAACUCAACUCAAAUGAAAUGCAGUAAACGGUUCUAGAAUAAUGGAGGCCUGAAAUGAACCAGGCGAAAACCAACAGUGUGACAAUCAAAACUUGGCUGUGGCAUCCUUUAUACAUGCUUUGUCAUGUCUAGAUCUUUUUAUGUACAAUAGAUCUGAAAACAUGACCUUUACACCAGAUCAUUUUAAUGUUUACCGAGAAUCCUUUUAACGCCCUAAUGCUCUCCAUUUAACAGGUGAGUUAGGUUAAUACUAGCCCACUCCAUCCCUAAAAGAUGGAUUACAAAGAUGCUGCUUUGAUUUCAUGCACCCACAGUAGAUUUUACAAUUUACCAGAAUUAAGAGUAAAACUUUUUACUUGUCCUUAGUCCAUAUGUUUACACAUAGAUUGUAUUAUGCAUGGAUCAAACAUGACCUGGGAGUGUAAUGUUACAUACUGCAUACAUUAUAAAUAAACUGACUCCAAAGAGGAAUAUUUCAAAUUAAUCAUGAGUGAUUUUAAACAAGAAAUUUUGGGAUUUCUUCAAAGCUUAAACGCUUUCAUCCAAUAAUUAGUUGAAGGAAACUCACAGGUUGCUUAUCUCAUAACUGGGAGCAGUUUUGAACAAUAAAAUCAAACUUAUUUGUGUGAAAUUUAAUAUUGAGUUUGUUACAAGAUACAAAUUGUAACCUUAUACAGUUUCUGGUGCUGACAAGAUAGCUUUUUCACUUUAUGCGAUUGUGAUUCAGAAGCUUAGUGCACAACUGUGGUUUUUGUUUUAGUGAAGGCUACAGAAAUGAAAUGGAGUAGAGAGAUGAAAGGGACUGCCUAUCAACCAUCAUCCACUUCCACUGUUGCAAAAAAAAUCAAAAUCUACCAGAUGUCCAACACACAAUAUGUUUUAGAAGAUAAAAGGUACAGUGCAAUAAGUAACACUUUAUUGUUUACUCAUUACUUGUACAGCAGGUCAAACACACUAACUUACUGACAUCACCCAGGCCACCCUCAGCACAUUAGCUGGUGGAUUCUUCAAUAACUGGGAAGUUGGGCUAAAAUCAAUCCAGCAUUUCCUUGAUUGAAACAUUUCAUAUGGUUUACAACAAUCCUGCUGUGGAGAAGUAUUCAACAAUAUUGAGUUAUAUAAAAUGAAACACAAUAAUCCUAUGAAAUGCUAAAUAUUUGAUACAGUGUAGUGGCUGUCGUUAACAGUAGAUGGAGAUGAAUCCUUGUCAAUACACUGACUAUUUGCAAAAAUCACUCGCCGUUUUAAUUUGAAACAGAUCUUUUAACAUCAUUCAGUAGUUACCAACAUGGCAGCAAAAUCACACCGCAUUCUUUGGGCUAUGUUAUACAAAAGGAAAGGAAGCAAAACAAACAGUUUUGCAGAUUUCUUUGCUGGCUGAGUAAUGAGGCUGAUAAUCUAAUUUGUCUUUACCAAAAGACCUCCGAUUAGUUUACAAUUGUCCAGAGAUGGUCAAUUGAUUGGUCCUUCAAAUUAGAAUUGGUGGUGCUCUCAGCAUUCAAUUCAAAAUAACCCAAACAGUGCCUGUGUUCACUAAUUCAUGACUGCUAGGUUCAAGUCCUACAUGGUUCAGGGGUUUGUAAUACAUUCUUUGAACAGUUUGAUUAAAAAACAUCUAGCCUACUUUUUGGCAAAGUGGUAGUAUUCCUACCCCUAAGCCAAGAGGUCUGGGUUCAAGUCCCACCUACUCCCGAGGUGUGUUAAAGCAGGUUGACUCAAAACAUCUAGCUGUCAUAUACUCUUACUUUGAAAGACUGAUAAACCAAAAAAGCAAUAAAGAGCAAUGGUGAUCUGCAGCUCAAACAAAAGACACAACAGGACCUGCACAACUUAGCACCAGUGAAUAUCCUUCCCGUCCAUUGCCACCCUCACACUGCUGCAGCAGGUAUUUCUAACGACUGCUGGUGUAUCAGGGAAUUCUCAGUCUUCCUCAAAC